AUGUCGGAUUUUAUUAUGAAGGACACCGAUCAACAGAUGAGUGACAAAUGCAUAAACGAGAACACAGCAUGGCAGCAUAAAUUGCUCAACUCAGCAAAUAAAUUCCUACACUGGGUUAUUACGUUGGAUACGUACGAUGGGAGUGAGAAAAUAUAUACACAUAUGACGGAGACUAGCAAUUAUGUGUUCUUUUUUGGUGGGACUUUAAGAACCGUUACAAAAUCGAGACUAUAUUCAGUUUUUGUAUUUUGUUCAUUGAUUGUUCCAUUAGCCUUAUUUUCCAUUUUCGAAUGCCGUCACCUCUGGUAUCAUAGCCAUGGUUUGCAUCUUCGAACCCUCAUAAUUGUUUUCUACUAUUUCAACUUGUUGACUGCAUCUAGUUUCUUCAGAGCUGCAUGUUCUGAUCCGGGUGUAGUUUCAAGAAACGUACAUAUGCCUGGAAUGGCUAUCGCAUAUCAAAUACCGAGGGAGUAUUACAACCAUGUGAUACUACCGUCAGAGAAUCAAAGUGCCGUAAUAACUAUGAAGUAUUGCCAAACUUGCAGGAUAUGGCGGCCUCCAAGAUCAUCACAUUGCCCUGUCUGUGACGUUUGUGUAUUGACUCACGACCAUCAUUGCAUAUGGUUGGGGAACUGUAUCGGCCAGAGAAAUUACAGAUUUUUCAUCGCAUUCUUGAUUUCAAGCAUAAUCGCAUGCCUUUUGCAAGUGGCUCUUUCCGCUAUUAGACUUUCAAACGUAACACAUCCCAGCAAGGCUCCAGUUAGUAUUUUACUAAUAUGUUACUGUGGGCUUGGAGUACAAUAUCCGCUAAUACUCUUCUUGUAUCAUAUUUUCCUAACAGGAACCCAGCAAACUACUCAUGAGUACCUCAGAAGCAUAGGGUCUAAGAACCCCAUAUUCCACAAAAUAACCCGUGACAGGAACAGUCCAUACGACAGGGGAUCCUUCUUCAAAAAUCUAAUUCAUCUAAUGUUCCAAGAGCGAGGGUGGAUAUUGGUCGAUCCGACAAAAAGACAGCGUUAUCCCAGAGACGUGCGGUUCCAACGAAUCCCAGAAGCCCAUACCAUGGAAAAUAUCUGA